AUGGACGUCGCUCCUGGAGGUACUGCUGGUGCUGGAGCUGCUGGAGGUGCUGGAGCCGCUGGUCCCGGAGGUGCUCGUACUGGAGGUACUGGAGCUGCUGGAGCUGGAGGUGCUGCUGGAGCUGGUGCUGCUGGAGGUCCUGCUGGUGCUGGAGCUGCCGGAGGUGCUCAUACUGGAGGUACUGGAGCUGCUGGUGCUGGAGCUGCUGGAGGUGCUGGAGCCACUGGUCCCGGAGGUGCUCGUACUGGAGGUACUGGAGCUGCUGGAGCUGGUGGUGCUGCAGGAGUUGGAGCUGGAGGCGCUGGAGCUGUUGCUGCUGGAGGUGCUGGAGCUGGUGGUGCUUCGGAUAUUGGAGCUGGAGACCCUGGAGCUGGGGGUACUGGUGCUGUCUCUGCUGGUUCUGGAGGCGCUGCGCGGCCGCGGCCGUACUUCGUUCCACUCCUUCAGCAGGUUCUUGGCCUCCCGCCUUCUACUGGUCCUACUCCUCCCUUACUGUGUCCACCGCCUGACCAGUCGCAGUCGCAGUUACAGCCAGCCUCUCCACUGCCUGGUCCUUCUCCUUACUCUGGGCCGACUAGAGGUCUUACGGAGUGUCGUGAGCCUGAGUCUCGUCCUGCGUCGCCUGUUCGCGCUGUUUGCACUGGUCGUCGUGUUCCGCGUCAGCGUCCUCCCCCUGUCCCAGGCACGCACCAGAUGGCACUUCGUCCUUCCACUGCUCCACAGCGUGUCCUUCUGCCGUCUCCUCCUGCGUCCUCUCUUCCUGACGUCCCUGACCCGCCGUCAGACCUUGCUCGUGCUGCCAGUCCUACUGUCACGCGUCGUUUCGCCACUGUUGUCACUGACCCUUCGUUCGAGUCUACUGCUGCGUCUGCCCUUGUUGCUGAGCUUGUUGACUUUGCUGCUGCGUGUCGUCUCGACUACGCCGCUAGUCUUGUUGCUGAGUCUGAGUCUGUCUGUCCUCCGUCCGUCGGGGGUGAGUGUGCUCUUGGCACGGACGUCCUUGAGGACAGGCAGGAGGACUUUGAGUGUUUUGCAGCUGCUGUACCUCAUCUCGUGUCCAUCCUGAUUGCACCUGAGGGAGACCCGGAUGCACCAGGCAUCCCGACUCCGCGCUCUUACGCAGAGGCGAUAGAGGGUCCCUACUCCUCUCAGUGGCAGACAGCCAUGGACGCAGAGAUGGCAUCCUGGAAGUCUACAGGCACUUACGUCGACGAGGUUCCCCCACCUGGGGCGAACAUCGUCAGUGGCAUGUGGAUUUUCAGGGUGAAGCGGCUGCCGGGUUCUCCGCCUGUCUUCAAGGCGCGUUACGUUGCACGAGGCUUCAGUCAGCGACAGGGAGUUGACUUCUUCCAGACCUUCUCCCCUACCCCGAAGAUGACCACUCUUCGGGUUCUGCUGCACGUCGCCGCUCAGCGUGACUACGAGCUUCACUCUCUUGACUUCAGCACUCCUUUCCUACAGGGCAGCCUGCACGAGGAGAUCUGGCUGCGCCGCCCACCUGGCUUCACUGGGUCGUUUCCUCCUGGUACCCAGUGGAGCCUCCGGCGGCCAGUCUACGGUCUCCGCCAGGCGCCUCGCAAGUGGCACGACACACUGAGGACGACGCUUGCGGCUCUUGGGUUUGCUCCUUCGACUGCUGACCCGUCGCUGUUUCUACGCACCGACACUUCGCUGCCGCCGUUCUACGUCCUUGUGUACGUCGACGACUUGGUCUUUGCCACUGCUGACACUCGCGGUGUGUUGUAG